CGUAAUUCUGCGCGCAGUGCCGCACUCAUAUUACUACGGGUACCGUACGACCGUUGUCGGUCGCCUGUAAGCGAUAAAACAUUUUUUUUUUUUUUCCGCGGCGCCCCGCGUCUCUUCAUUCCGUCCGGUUACCGCGUACGGUCCGCCGGUGCGCCGCGAUCGCGAAAACGAAAAUUACUAUCAAGUACGAAUUAUACGUGCGACGUUCCCGCGUGGCGACGCGCGGCCGUUCUCCGCGUACCCGACGACGGCGGCCGCAGCUGCUGACCCAAUCGCGCCGAGACGCGGUACGCGUGUUGCCGACAACCGUGUGUGUGUGUAUUUUUUUCUUUUCUUUUCAGUUCGUACCGCGCUCCAUUUUUCGCGACAUGGCGGCUCGGCGGCGGCGCUCCACGCCGUCGAUGGCAGGUAAUUUUCGCACCUUUUCCCCUCCCCCCCCCCCCCCUCCAUGUACCAUCCAUCGCCCCGCUUCCGACUUUCCCGGGUUUCAGGACCGCGUUACGAGUUUACCGGGCAUCCGGUAGUCCGAAGGGCCCCCGCACUCCCGCACUAUAUUCCUAACCGACGACCCGAUUUUACCUCUUACAAACGACGGACAUAAACGAAACGAUUGUUCAGAAUAAUCUCAUUGAAAAUGUUUAACGUGUUAGUUUGUCCGCUAUGACGUCCAAUUUUCACUCUAUACCUAUAUUAUACAAUAAAUAUGAUUAUUAAAUGUACAAAAUAAAAAGCCGGGCAAUUUAGCACGUGGCCGCAGCCACUGUUGUAGGCGAGAAGUUGGGAAGGUAGUAGAGGUGAAAUUUAAGUUUAUAUUAUGUAAUCGACGAUGAAACAUUGCUAACGAAAAAAAAACGAUUCUGAGCGGAGUUCAGUUGAUAGUGUUGCUUUGUCAACAAUAUAUAUGCCAUACUAUGGUAAAUUAAUUACAUGGCUACUGUAUAUUUUCUUUAAUAAUAUUUGUUUAAUGUUGAAUCUAUUUUCCCAUUUUUCCUACGGUUUUCUUGGUUUUCCCAUGUUUUUUCCCGGUUUUUCUCAUUUAUCGAGAAAAUUCCCGAGGAAAAUCAAACAAUUCUCAAAGUAACUUCACAGUCCGAUUUUCUCUCAGAAAAAAUGCUACACUUAAAAAUUCGGAGAUUUCUGAUAGAAAAGUUUUCCAUAGAAAAAAAAAAUAAAUAUUUUUGUAAAACCAUAUAAGCUUCCUCGCUCCACUAAGAAUCUAAAAUAUUAUAUUUCAUAACUAAAUUACUCGCUUCUUUUUCAUUUUAAAAAAUAGUUAAACUAAGUUAUCUUAAUAAAAAAAAAAAAUUAAUGAAAUAAAAUUUAUAUUUUUAAAUAAAUAACUUGAGUUACACAUUUUCAGGAAAAUUAUUUAGGUUAAAAGUUACUUUUUUAAAAAUAGUUUAUUAUACACUCAAAAACGUAUUUUAUAAUUAUUUUUAUAGACUAUUAUUAUUAUACAACACUCGUGUGGUUAUUACAUAUCCUUGCAUAUGCGUAUGCCUGUCUUGUUAUAUGUGAAUACAAUAGGUCCAUUUUGAAUCACUUUUGAUUUGCAAUUUAUGAAUUAUCGUUGUUUUACAAUAUAUAAACUAAAUUGCCCUCAGUAAGUUCAGAUGCACGUCUCUAAACAUUUAAUGAUUUAAAAAAUAAAAUGCAAAUGUACCUAGCUCGUUUAAUAUUAUUAUUGACGAUCAAUUUGAGCGAUCCGUAAAAGUUCACUUAACCGUAUACGAAUUAUUAAUUUCAAAAAUAAUAUACAAAUAACGAUGGGGAGGAAUGGCCUCUUUGCCCCCCCUGGCUACGCCACUGGCCUCACGAAUAAAAGUUAUGAAAAACAGUGUGAUAUUAGAUCGGUAAUUGAUAAUAUUUCUGAAAAUAACAAUAGAUUUUGUGGCAACGAGGUUAUAGGUAUAUUAUAAAAAUAUGAUUAUGUCUACAAAACGAUUUUCAGCGACAUUUCAUUUUCCAGUAAUUUGUGUAUACAUUUACUUGCUCGCAUUAUUAUCAAAUUAUUGUUUUUUUAUUCUUUACUACAGUCUAUAAUAGUCAACUAAAGUUUAAACAAUACUAUGUUUUCAUUUUUGUCUGAAAGACAGCCAGUAAGCUGUUAAAUGACGAUAUUUUAUAAAUCUUGGAAUCUGAAGAGCCCCUAGACACGAGCAAAACUGGGGGACCCUGGCCGCGUUCGUGGUCUAGUGGCUAAACUCAGGCCGACAUUGGUUACUAUAAAUACUCAGUGAAAAUGUUUAACUGAAUUACAACAAUAAACAAAAUCGAAAAUAACAGAAAUCGUUGUAUUGUGCACAUUUUCCCGUUUUCUGACAUUUCCCUCGGUUAUUUUCUAUUAUUUGGAAAACUACAAGGAAAAUCAAAAAAAUUACCACUCCAAUGCACGAAAUAGACGUGUUUUUUUUUUUAUCAAUAAGUGUGGUUGAUAACUGGAUAAUGAUUUCUGGUAGAAAAGUUGAUAACAGACAAAAAUGGUUUGUUGUAGCAAAACCAAAACUAAAUAUUGCAUAGUGAAAUAUAUUGUCACAAAGCGUUGCUGAAAUCCUUUGUAAAUUAAAAUUUUUCCAGCCACGUUUCUGUUGUAUGCGGCGGCGGCGACCAUCGUCGCUUACGGUGCUUCCGAACGGGCCAACGACUCAGCCGAUGUGACCAGGGUGGUUCAGUUUAGCAACAGCCUGGUCCCUCCUCUGUUCAAAGUGCGUGUUUUUUUUUUUUAAAUUUUAACCUGUUAUUUCUAUUGUCGUACAUACCGAAUUUAUAUGUUAUUACGUAGCAUUAUUCCGGUGGCCGAGAAAAUCUGGUUCUGGCACCGUUCGGGGUGGCCACCAACGUGGCUAUGAUGUUGGAGGGCCUUCAGGGUCGAGCGGCCGACGAAAUAACAACGUUGUUUAGGUUACAGGCCAAGGACGUGCGUCAACAGCUACGAAGAGGUUUCAAAAUCAUUUUUGACACGUUCGGGGUAAGGUUUUAACGAUAUUGUUGUUAAAAAAAGAAAAAUUUGGUUUUCAGCGUUUGACAAUGAACAAUUGUGGAUUGUACAUUAUUAUUAUUAUUAUUAUUACAUUAUUACUUAAUAUAUCAUUUUUAAUGAUAGUUUUAGAUUUUUUUACCCGACUGCGCGCGAAAAGGAGAUUAAAAUUAAAUAUGUUCCAGUAGGUUAUUUGUAUUACUGCAGUCGAGACCUAAUUCCAAUAUCAAGAUUUCAUUUUACUUUUACUAUAAUUAAAAUCACGUAUAUUACAAAUUCUAAUACAACCCCCCUCCCCUUAAACGUAUAUUAUUAAUUGCGUGUUCAAUGUAUUUACAUUUUACGUGUAUAUAAUGAACAACUUAAAUAAUAUGGUAUAAAUAUAAUUUUUCAUUAAAGCGAGCCUCCGGUUAUAAUAAUACAAUAUGCUGACACAAGUAAAAGUCUUCUUGUUUACUAAAUAGUUUUUAGUUUAAAUUGUAUUAUUGUAGUCUUGGUUUUGUUUUUUAAAUUUUUUAACAUUUUUGCGCAUAGCUAAGCAAUUUAUUUACUAUAUUAACUCAGUCAAGUUAAAAGUUAAUUUAAACAUUUAACAAACUUAAAUCAAGUUUUUUUUUUUGUAGAAUAAUUGUUACUGUUAUAGUAAAAAUAAUUAAAUUUGGUGUUUGGUAUUUUUUUUUUUUUGAAAAUAUCGAUGAUCAAUAUUAAACGCGAGAGUAUGUUCGGGGAAUAUCAAAUUAUACCUAACUCUGAAUCCCGUUCAGAUUAUUGACUAAAAAAAUAAAAAUUGUAUUUUUGAUGGCAUAUAAUUAUAUUAGUGUACAGAUUGAAUAUUGUGUUAAAAUUAAAAGACAUUGAAAUUUACUUAACGCGAUAUAAUUCAAAUUUAACUCGUUAUAUUUACUUAGUUAAAACAAGUCAAGUUUAAGGUUAGAAUUAAAGUAAUUACUAACUUAUUAAUUAGUUAAUCUCAAGCCUUAAGAUUUGCGUUUCUGUUACUUUAACUAUAUCUUAGAUAUAAUUACAGAUCUAAGAUACAAAGGUGGCCAGUAUCUUGCUCAUCUCAUCCUAUAAUAUAAUAAUUGGUCUAGUGGCACAAAAUUAAUUUUUUACAAAGGUGUCAAACGUAAAAUUGUUUAUAGAUACCCAUUCGUCCAUUAAAGUUUGUGCAAUUUUAAGUAGAUACCUAGAUAUGUUAGGUAUCUUGGUUUAAAUCAUAAUAAUAAACAUUGUUUGAACCAUGAUGGUAGAAAUAUUUAUUCUAUUAUUUAUUUUUAAAGGGUGUCCGGACGACAUCCAAACACCUUUGGAAUUAAUUACUGUUCUGGUCGUAGCGUAUAAAUAUUGUAUUAUUAUAUCUAUCCAAGUUAGACGGCGCCGUGGUCGUCGGCUUUGUUUGUUAAAAAAAAUCGGAAGAACGUAAUGUUAGGUAGGUAACUAAGUUAUAAUUAAAAUUAAAAUACGUUUGAUAUUGUAUUGUACAGGAUGAUUCGGACGGUGAUUUUGCCGGUUCCUAUAACAAAGCCUCUGUGACCAGCUCUCGGGUGAUGCCGUCGUCGUACAUCAAUAAACUAUCGAAAUAUUACCGAGCCAACGUCACUACGAUGCGGACGGAAAACUUCAACAAUACUUCGAGUAAGUAUCGUCGAAAAACAAUACAGCGUAAUAGUGAAAUUUAGUAUUUAUGCAUUAUUUUAAGAGACAUUUUUAUUUCGUUUCUCAUGAUACGAGAUAGCAGUACCAAUAUGUAAUAGGUGCGAUGAAUGAUACGUAAUAAUUAUAUCGCGAUUUUCAAUAAUUUCGAAGACGCUCGAUAACUACAAGUCUUGUUAUAAGUUUAACGGCAUUUAAAUUUCAUAUUAUUUUCUCUGAUAUUUUAUACCGGAUUAACAGGUUUCGAGCACAUAUAUUAUAAUAUGUGCAAAGUUUGUUAGUAUAUUAAUAUUCAUCUCUUCGGUGUAAUGCCAUUAUUAUGAAAUAGGUGUAAAUAUUAUGUUUUUCUUUAUUAUAUUAGUACUAUUGUAAUACUUUUAAUCAUAUUUAUUAUAUUUUAUCUAUUAGGUUUUUGUUUUAGCUACUGAUUUCAAAAGCUCGUUGUUAAUUUCUCAUUAAUGUUAACGAAAAGUUUAUAAACAAACUGUUGUGACCAAUAAAGAGAGUCAUUCAAAACUUUAGGCUUAUAAAUAAAACAACACGCCGUGGUGGCAUUGUAAAACUAAUAAGAAAGAACUCAUCGUGCAGUAACCUUCAAAUAUAAAAAAAAAAUUAAUUUAUUAAUUAUGUUAUUCCGGGGGUCGGGGCCUCAUUAUAAGGAGAGUAUCGUCAUUGACACUUUUGACAAUUUUGGUAUUAAAUUUGCACUCUAUUUAACCUAGAUACCCUAUAAAGAUAGUUGUUAGCAUUACAAACCUCAGGGAUAGAUCCAAGAACUAGCAAUCAAUUUGCUAUUCCAAUUUAAUUUUGAGUGUGCGCUACUGAUAUGAAUAUUGGAUAAAAUUUGAAAAUCCAAUCCAUGGAUAUUAGAUGUGGAUAUAACAAUCAGUACUGCACAUUUUACGUUCGAUUACUGUUUUAUUAGUAUAUAAGCAGCUGUCCCGCCCGGCUUUGUCUGUGUAAUAAAAAAAUGUUUGAAUAAAAUUAAUAGAUAAACUAUCAAUAUACGCUAUUACCAUAUAUAUACCAUAUAUACCCUCACAACAUAGACCUAACAGGAAUGCUUGAAAAUUUGAUAAGAGGUUCAUUAUAAUUCCUUCUUCGUGGUAAGAAAAAAAAUGUAGUUUAAUGUAGGUAGUAAAUUAAAUUUAAAUCUAUUUUUUUUUUUUUGUUCAAUAUACUGAUACGGACAAAGCAAAACGGGAAUAGAGGGGAAAAAAAUUAAAAAUUAGCACGGGCAACGCCAGGAACGAGACAUAGGAGCUAAUAUAUAUACAUAUAAUAAAUAAGGAUUUGAGACUUACAGCACUUAAAAUCAACAAAAAAUGCUUAAAAAGCGAUUGAUUAUAUUAUUUUACAUCUAAUAUUAUUGGUAUUGCAGUAGUGAUAAUAAUUUGUUGUGAUUUAUUUCUAGAUGAUAUUUUAGAGUUACGUAGUGACACAGGAAUAAUAAGUCAUUGGAAAGAUUACCAAAAACUAGCUACGUACACUUACUUAUCGUAUCAAUCAUCGGCACCGUUCACCAGAGCCGACGGUUCGAUCGUAUAUGUCCCGAUGAUACCACAGACCGGAAUGUUUAAAAUCGGAUAUGUACCUCAACUUAAGUGUCUAGCUGCCGAACUCAUGUUUGAGGUAACGUGUCAUAAUAAUAUUUUAUAUUAUGCAAAUGAAACAUUAGAUUAAUAAACGACGACGGUCGGGUUAUUAAUUAUAACCCGUCAUUAUUAUGACGUUGAUUGGCCUGCGACAGUUAAUAAUUUUAUACCUAUGUUAAAUGCGUAAUUUUAACAAUUUUAAAGUAACCAUAUUAUGAUAAUACACCGGGUGUAACAGGACUAUAGGUAUAUUUUAUUAUAGAAUGUUUCUGCGCCUAUAUCACGUGACGAUUAAUACAGUUAUAAAUUCAUGUUCUUUAUUUUCAAUAUGUAAAACUAAUGGCACAUAGGAAAUUCGUGUUUUGUAAUACCCAGCGAUUUUCCACACUUGCCACAAUCACUAUACCUUAUACCACUACCAUGGCGUCUUAAUAACAAAUUAAUAAUACAUUUUGUAAUUAUUAUAUUUUAAAUUCAUUGUUCGUGAUCUAUGGUUCUAAAGUCACACCUUUAACCACUCACAACCUAUCCACCAAUUUUGGUUGAGGUACAGGCCUCAAAAAAAUAUUCUUCGGUACGUCAAAAAACCGUUUUACCAUAAAAUGGUUUUUUUUUGUUUUAAUAUUAAUUUUCCCGUUGUCUACAACGCAACCUGCUGUUUCUAUUUCUCUUUCACGAGUUAAGCACGCGAGUCAAUAUUAUUUAUUGUCUUAACCUUGGUAUGUAUUGUAUUAUACUACAAAUAUAAUAUGUGUAUUGAACACGCAGAAUGUACUUUACGAGCUGACAACAAAAUAUCAAAUCAAUGACACUAUAUAUAAUAUAGUAUAAUAAUCUUUGUAUCGAAACGCAUUUCAUGCGAUUGAACACAUUAUUAAACGGAACGUGUGUCCGCGGCAAUCGAGUCAAUGACAAAACACGGUCCGAAUGUCAAUUUAGUAACGAGCAAUGGCGCACCAAAAUCUCCGAGACAGCGUCAAUAAAAGACACGUCGAUUUUUAACUCGCAGAAAGGCCGCGAAUACGUCAUUUCUCCUUAGUUUUGGCUACUAAAUCGACAGAAUUAAUUAUUGUAUACACGGAACCAACAAUCCGUGCGCAUGGUUCCUAAAUUUAUCGGAUUGAUCAACCGGAUUUUAUCGGUUUUCUAAUUACUGCAGCGUCUGAAGCUACUGAACAAUCUAUCAGAGUGAAAUAGCUAUAAUAAGUAAUCAACUGAAUACUGAAUGACAGUAUCAAAAAAUGAAUAUGUUUCCUGUUGAUAGGACAUAGAUUUGAUAAAAACUGUUUCAUGUCAAAUUUAAAGACGAGUUUGAUUAUUUUUUUUAACUAUUCGUAGAUUGGUUCAAUAAUGUCGUAUUCCUCCGAUCUUCCCUAUCCAUAGGAACUUCCUUCAAUUCUUUAUAGAAUCUUUUUCUUAUAUCCGAUACAAUUUGAUUCAUUUAUAAUAUGUCUGUCCUUUUUCUAGUUCCCCUUACGUUUUUCCUUCAUUCAUAGAUGUUACCCAUAUUAUAUUAUUCUUUAUGGGAUAUCCUAUCAAUUUAUUUCUUCUUUUCUCAAUUAUUGUUUGUAUCUAUUAUGGUUGAUACCUCCUUAUGAUAUACUUCUUCAUUCGGUACUCGUUUCGUCCCUGAGGUAUUUAACAUAUUUAUUAUUAUAUAACGAGAUUUAUCAUAUUUGUGGUGAAUAGUUUUUUCAUUUUAAAAAGCACCUGUUUUGCUUGUUUUAUUAUUUAUACCAAUUGGUAACUAAUUGGUAUACUAAUUAUUUUUCAUUCGUUUAACUUUUAAUAACAAAAACGUGUUCCUAAACUUACAUCCGGUGUAUUAAAAAUAUGAGUUUAUAAACUUUAUAUAGCUGAUAUUAUUGACUGAAGUCAACUUAGUCGUUAAACUAAUAACAUAACCGUUGUAUCCUGUAUUCUGUUUUCUGUAUGGUCGAUAAACACCAUCUAAUAAGUAAUAAUACAUUAUUGGGUGGGAUUCCUUUCGAUCAAAAUACAGAAGACAAAUGCCCCGGGAUUUCUUAGCUAGGUGAAUUUAUGAGGGUGCCACAUACAUUUAAAAUUAUAGCUACUACAGCAUUUCAUAUUUUUUUUUUUUGGCCUUGGAUUCCAAAUUACUUAACAUAACGGUUCUGGGUGUAACAGUCGCGGUGUCGGCCGGUGUUUGUUUUUCGUUGCAGACGGACAAAGUGAGCAUGCUGAUCAUGAUGCCGGACGACGUGGCCGGAUCCGAUACAAUGGUGGACCGACUGUCCAAAGAAAACUUCCUGGACAUUGUGGACUCACUGGGCUACCAGGACUCUGAGGUGCUGUUGCCGCAACUGGCCGCGUUCACCGACGCACUGGACCUGGAACCGUUCUUCAGAAAACUCGGCAUCAAAAACGUGUUCGAUCCGCAGAUGGUCAUCGGUAACAACCGCGCAUCAAACAACACCAUCACACACACCACCAAUAAGUCUCCCCCUACGAUCACGUUGGUGUCGAUGAAACAGAACGCUUACUUCUCUAUGUCGUUCAUCACUAUAAACUCAGUCGGUUCGGCCGGUACAAAACUAGGUACGUGGGUCUUUUUAUUAUUUUCGUUUACAUCUUUUAGGUAUGGUAGGGUGGUUAUGGUCACUAACCCCACGAGUGAAAUGCACUACUACAGCGUAACUACUGGGUUUACACGAGAGUGGAGCUACGAUUGUAGUUUUCGAAAGCGCAGCUCACGGUGUAUGAUCUUAAGAUCAUACACGAACUUUCCACGGCUGGUACGUAUAAUAUCAAAAAUUUUUGCCGUUUUUGGACAUUUCAAUCAUGAAAGAUCAAUCGUGGAUACACUAAAAUAGAUACAUAUUAUUAUGUUUAUUGGUUAUUGGUUUUAUUAAUCAUAUAUUUAUAAUGGACACGGUAUUUACGUGUAAACAAUUUUACGACUCGGGUGAUGCUUUUCGAAAUCAUAUUUGUGAGUUUUGAUUCAUGAAAUUAUAAUAAAAUAAUUCAUGGAAUACGGUCGUGGGUUACGCUCCGUGCAAACCCAUCUUAACGGAUCUUACGAAUCCGUUCAACCGAUUUUUUUUAAUGAAUAUUAAUCAAAUAUUAAUUUGCUCAGUAAGAAUAUCUAUGUAGGUCGCGGUUUAAUAUAUGUAUAAAUAAUAGUGUACAGCGGUGUCGUUUGGUUACUGUUUUAGGUAUUCGCCCGUUUGCUCAGAAGCAAAAACGGAGCAUUUCUGCCAAAGUAGUAUUCAACAAGCCGUUCGUAUUUUUCGUCUUCAACAAAACUACCGGACUAAUUAUGUUGGCGGGGAAAAUCACAAAUCCCACUCAAGUGCCUUCUUGACAAACUCAAGAAUUAAACAGACAGUGAAUUUUAUGCUUAUUAUAGCUUGUAUAUAGUACCUAAUAAUACCCUCAUACAAAAUUGUUCAUCUAGGUAAUAAUAGUAAUAAUAUUUAUCUAUUUUAUUUUUAUACCAGUAAAAGUUAUAUUUAUUUGUAUGUAUAAAUCAUUAAGGGCCUCUAAUACUAUAGCAAAUUUUAACUCAAAUCAUAUUAUAUCAUCUAAACUGAUAUAUCUACCAAAUUGCAGUCUGAUUUUAGAUUUCGUAUUCAGUAAUACAUAUUUAUAUGGGAGUGAAGAGUAUAUUUAAUAUAGUACAUAGAUUAUACGAAACAUUUUUUAAAUUUUCAUUUAAAUUAUUAUUAAUAAAAUAAAACUGUAAUUGAUAAUUUUCGGAUUUCUUCAAAAUCUUAUUAAAUUGGUAAAUAUGUUUCGCAUGAGUUAAAGAAGCCUCUUAUGUUUUUUUUAUAUUUUUUUAUUAUUUUUUUUUUUUAAAUAACGCUAUAAUUAUAGAUCUGCGUAGAUAUGAG